AUGGAGGCUCAAAAGUCUGGUGCAGUUGUCAACUUAGGCAGCAUUGCCGCCCUGCGAUACAUUGGAAAGCCUCAGAUUGCCUACAAUACAACAAAAGCCGGCAUUAUACAGUUCACAAAAGCUACAGCGUUGAUCUACGCAAAGAAGGGCGUCCGUCUAAAUACCGUCAUUCCCGGUUUGAUCCACACUCCCUUGAUCGGCAGUCUCGCCGAGAAGUACAACAACGGCGAUGUUGAGGGCCUGAUCAAGAAGCGAGACAGCAGCGUGCCCAUGGGCAAGAUGGGAGAGUCACACGACACGGCUUAUUGUAUUGUCUUCUUGGCGAGUCAGUGUGCAAGACACAUUACGGGACAGAAGCUGGUUGUUGACGGCGGCAUUGUUGGUAAUGCUGCGCCUGGUUAA